GUGCUGUGGCGAGCACUGAGGUGAAGAUGCGGCUCCAGGAGUUUGUCCUGAACAAGAAGAAGGCUCUCGCCCAGCGCAGCCUCAACCAAGGAGGACUCCCCAAUGACGCUCCGUAUUGGUACCGCAAAACCCAGCACAGCUCGCUGGACCAGAGCUCGCCGCCACAGACUGGUGUCUCCACCUACAACCACCCUGUGCUGGGUGUCUACAACCCGCGUGAUGACUUCCCACUGCGAAAAACUGCCUCGGAGCCAAACCUGAAGCUGCGCUCCAGGCUGAAGCAGAAGGUGAGCGAGCGGAGGAGCAGUCCGCUGCUGCGCCGCCGAGACAGCCCCAUCACCACCGCCAAGAAACGCUCACUCGACAUGGCAGACUCUGCGUGUAGCAGCGCCCCAGGCUCAGGGCCGAGCUCCCCAAAUAACAGCUCCAACAACAUCCCCAACGAGAACGGCAUCACUGUGUCGGUCUGCAACAACACAGAGGCGUCUCUGGCCCAGAGGCUGUGCAGCGGUGCUGCGGGCUCCGUUAACCAGCUGUCCCUCUACACUUCACCAUCCUUACCCAACAUCACUGGGCUGCCCGCCACUGCCACGGCCACGGCUGCUUCGAAUGUGACUUCAGCCCAGCAGGAUGGAGGUCUGCAGCCGGCCCUCUCACUAAGCCCCCCCUUUCUCUCCGGCGGCCACUUGACCCCCUACCUAGCUGAGGCCGGCAGUGGAACAGGCGGGCACGGCGCACACAGCCCACUGCUCCAACACAUGGUGCUGAUGGAGCAGAGUCCAGCUCAGAGCCCCCUGGUGACAGGUGUGAGCGGCCUGUCCAUGUCUCCGGGCGCCUCCAUGGCCAAGCUGCAGCGGCAGCACAGGCCUCUGGGACGCACCCAGUCGGCCCCUCUGCCUCAGGGGAGCGCGGCCCAGGCCCACGCCCAGGCCCUGGCCCUGCAGCAGCUGGUGGUGCAGCAGCAGCACCAGCAGUUCCUGGAGAAGCACAAGCAGCAGUUCCAGCAGCAGCAGCUCCACAUCAACAAGAUGAUGGCCAAGCCCAGCGAGUCCCCCGUGGGUCGCCAGCACCAGAGCCACCCAGAGGAGACGGAGGAGGAGCUGAGGGAGCACCAGGAUGGGGGAGGAGGGGCCCUGCCGCCGGGGGUCACCAUCAAGCAGGAGCCGCCUGACCCGCAGGAGCUGCAGGAGGAGGCCAUGCAGCAGCACAGGGAGCGGCAGGCGGAGCAGGAGCUGCUCUUCAGACAGCAGGCCCUGUUGCUGGAGCAGCAGAGAAUCCAUCAGCUCAGAAACUAUCAGGCCUCCAUGGAAGCUGCCGGCCUGUCGAUCUCCUUCCCCGGACACCGCCCUCUGUCCCGGGCCCAGUCGUCUCCGGCCUCGGCCUCCUCCUUCCCGAUCAGCGUCCCGACCUCUGACCCUCCUGUCAAACCUCGCUUCACCACAGGUCUGGUGUACGACUCCCUCAUGCAGAAGCAUCAGUGCAUGUGUGGAAACACCAACAGCCACCCCGAGCACGCAGGCCGGAUCCAGAGCAUCUGGUCUCGUCUGCAGGAGACGGGCCUCAGAUCGCAGUGUGAGUGCAUCCGUGGGAGGAAGGCCACUCUGGAAGAGCUGCAGACGGUCCACUCUGAAGCCCACGUCCUGCUGUACGGAACCAACCCUCUCCGACAGAAACUUGAUUGUUCAAUCACUCCCAUGUUUGUACGGCUGCCGUGUGGAGGCGUCGGGGUGGACAGCGACACCAUUUGGAACGAGGUGCACUCGUCCAGCGCCGCCCGCCUCGCCGUCGGCUCGGUGGUGGAGCUCGUUUUCAAAGUGGCGACAGGAGAGCUGAAGAACGGUUUCGCUGUGGUCCGCCCUCCUGGACACCACGCUGAGGAGAGCACUCCCAUGGGCUUCUGCUACUUCAACUCUGUGGCCAUCGCUGCCAAACUGCUGCAGCAGAGACUCAGCGUCAACCGGAUCCUCAUCGUGGACUGGGAUGUUCACCAUGGCAACGGCACCCAGCAAGCUUUCUACGACGACCCCAACGUCCUUUACCUGUCCAUUCAUCGCUACGACGACGGCAACUUCUUCCCCGGGAGUGGAGCGCCUGACGAGGUGGGCAGUGGGCCUGGAGUCGGGUUCAACGUAAACGUGGCUUUCACCGGAGGUCUGGACCCUCCAAUGAGUGACGUGGAGUACCUGGCCGCCUUCAGGUCGGUGGUGAUGCCGAUAGCAAACGAGUUCGCUCCGGACAUCGUGCUGGUCUCGUCUGGCUUCGACGCCGUCGAGGGACACCCUCCACCGUUGGGCGGCUACACGUUAACGUCCAAAUGUUUUGGCUACUUGACACGGCAGUUGAUGACUCUCGCUGGAGGCCGGGUGGUCCUGGCUCUGGAGGGGGGUCACGACCUCACCGCCAUCUGUGACGCCUCUGAGGCGUGUGUGGCCGCUCUGCUCGGACAGGAGCUGGACCCUCUGCCCAAGGCCGUCCUCGAGCAGAGGCCCAACCCCAACGCCGUGCGCUCUCUGGAGAAAGUUUUAGAGACUCACAGUAAGUACUGGCGCUCCGUGCACCGCUCCUCCCCGCUGCUCGGACUUUCCCUCCUGGAGGCCAAACGAGGCGACUCGGAGGAGGCCGAGGCCGUCAGCGCCAUGGCCUCUCUCUCCGUGGCUAACACCAACGCCAUGGAUCAAAGGCCCGAGGACGAGCCCAUGGAGGAGGAGGAGCCGCUGUAACAGAGGGAAACAUGAGGGUGUCGCACCGUUACCAUUGACCUCUCCGGAGACAACUCUUUGAGCUGCGAAGAGUCUUCGACUGACCCCUUCAUUUAGUCCCCCUUACCCCACUCACCACGUCAGUCACCUUGAUUGGCAGCCCCUCGGCCAAUAAAACGAGGGGGGAGGGGGUGGGCUCAGCCUCAGAGUAGGGAGCCAAUCAGGAGACAGAGGACUGCAUUGGGGGGGGGGGGAAUUAAAGAGACUCAUUUUUUUCUGUCAGUCUUCGCCCUCUUGUGUUAGCCCCCAGCGGCUAACUGUGUGACCAAGGCAGCAGGUGGGUGUGUUUGGAGUUUGGGGCGAGGUUCGGUCUCGCUGUAGAAAGGUGUGAUUUCACUGCAGGAACAUACGGUGCUUUACACAGCUGCCUUCUGACCACAUACAGUAUGGACACCAGAGACAGCAAGACGUUCCCGGCUGCUAGCUCGGGAGUUACUUUUCUCUUUUAUCGACUAUUUUUGCUGUGAAACUCAAAAGGGCGUCGCAGCAACCGAGAUCAUAUUUUACCAGAUGCGUUCACUGUGGACUUUGGUCGAGCCGAAGGUUUGAGUCGGCUCUCGAAGAAGAUUUGAAGACAAGACUGUCGCCUCGCCGGACCAGCCUGUCGUUGAAAAAAAAGGUUGACGAGUGAGAGGAGUGCCUUGGUGAGGGAGGGUUCCCCCCCCCCUGCUGGAUUUCAGGAUUGUUUUCAGGAAAAGAUUGCCUUAAGUCAAACGAGGGAGGAAGAGUUUCCCGCUCCUUUUCUUGGGGGACGACUAAAAAUAAAGCAAACAAUCGUUCAGCAUGUUUACGUCUCUUCGGCCUCUCUCUCUCUCUUAAAGAAGAAGAGUUACUUUACUUUUGGAUGGAUCUAUUUUUCUGUAAAAAACAAAAUAAAACAAAAAAACACAAAAAAACGCUUUGUAAAGGUAGAUGCCAGCUUCAGUAGAAAAACAAAAAAAAACGGUGCGAACAUGAAAACUUCCAAACAAAAAUUAGACUCUCGAAGAAAACAAGCCUCUGAUGUAGCCUCCCUUUAACAGAAGCCGUCGCUUUGGAAACACAUGAAGCAUGCAAUUUACGCAGACAAGACCAGACGUCGUUUCGCAAGAGUUCUGAACGAUAUCCAAAAGAGGAAGCCAAGCAAGAAAAGCCAAAGCAUGAGUUUUGCAUUUACAGUACUUUCACUUCACUUAGCUGGCAGACAUUUCUCGUACUGGCCCUUUAAGAGAAGGCUCCCAGUACCCAGUUCAAUGUUUACUAAUUUAACCCUCCACGCAUCAAGUGAGCGUUUCUGUCCCGACCGGCCUUCCGUACGUCGGCCGGUCGGCAGCUACCUUGGUUGCUCGUGCGAGCUGGUCGUGUAUAUUGGAUUGAAUAUAUUUUGAGGGGCAGUAAUCGCCUGUUUGUAACUACAUGUAUGAUUUCCACAUCCGAGUUGUCGAUAUCAAAAAAAGGAUGGGGAGGGGGGGGCGGGAAAAAAACGUGUUUGAUAAGCGUGUCCACUUUUUAUUUUUUAUUGUAUAAGAUUAUUUUUCUAACUUUUUUCAUCCAUAGAUUUUUGUGUUCUGUGUUUUUAUCCGUUUUCUGGAUAGUUAUAGGGCUGCCGUUCACACCUAGUACUUUUUUCACCUCUUGUUCCAGAACUUUCUUUCUUGUAUUUAUCAAAACCAAGGAGCAACACCUCCUUCCUUUCUUUCUUUCUUUCUUUCAAAGGCUCUCUCUGCCUUUUUUUUUUUUUUUUUUUUGCAUUUUCAUCUUUGUGUAUUUAUAACAUGUACUGUUUAUAGCAGAUUUGUAUAUGGAGAAGUUUAUAAAUGUACUCUAACUAAUGACAGCUAUGAUAUUGUGAGCGACAAACAGUAUGGUGUAAGAUAUUACUACCAUGGACUUUAAAAAAAAAAAAAAAAAAAAAAAGCAGCAGUGUAUUUAACUCGUCAUCGACUGCACUGUUUUCUCGAUGCCCUCGAGUGAAGCCAUCACACGGCACUGCAAUUGGCUUUUCUACGCGAAACAUUUGAUCACUUUGUUGCCUAAUUGAUGCAUCUUAUCCCCCCGUAUCACUCACCUUUAAACUGUGACAACACAUCCACAAAGAGGUUCAAAGCACGUCUCAUGUAGCUAGCUGAGUUUUUAUUUGUGGUUCGAGGCAACAAAUGACAGAAAAGUGGAUUUUUUUUGGGGGGGGGGGUGAAAUUUGAAAGGAAAAACUCAGCAGAUAACUUUGAAAUCUCUUUCUGAGCAUGUGUUGCACCAUCAUGUUCGACCUUUUCGGACUUUUCUGCUCCAAUCACCUGAUCUAACACUCGAUUCUCAUGUCUGUAAACUGCUUUGUUCACCAGCUUAUUCCAGGCGACUAUCCUGUUUAUUUGAAUAUCAUUCUAAUGAGCAUAUUUUUCAUGUCUUAACAAAACAUUCCACUUGUUCUUCCUUUAAUUUGGCUUCAUUUUUCUUUUCUUUUUUUUACUGGUUUUUUAGUUUGUUUUUGUAGAAACUUUAUUACUGCUCUUUUCCGCCGUCUGCUCGCGCCAACUUUAACUCUUUGCAUGGUUUGUGAGUCAGCAUGCCUGCUUGUCUAUGUAACAAAAAUGUAUUUGCACAAUAGAAGAAGAACACUGGAGGACUUUAAGACAAAAAAAACUCUCACUCACUCACACACACACACACGCUCGAAAACCCUCCCAUGGCGGCGACUCCCAAGAGCACCAAACAGGACGUUUUUUUCUUCCUCGUUGGUGUGCAAGAAUUCAAGACUUUGUGCGGAUGACUCCAAUGAGGAACCUUUGAUAUUGUUCUUAUUGUUUCCAAUGAGUGAUUUUUAACAGCACUUACCACAUGGACGGACUGUGCUAAAGAGAAACACGCUCUGCCAAACCUCUGCUACAUCCACACCUUCAAAACAACAACAACAACAACAAAAAAACUCCCAAAGAAUGUUCCUCUUUCACAGAUUUGUGAGCGUGCGCUGUUACAGGGAAGAAACGUUUGGAGGGGAAAAAAAGGGCAUCGCCGUUCUGAUUGUCACUCCCACCUCGGCCAGUUCUCUCUCUCUAUAUAUAUAACCACUGUGGCUCAAGAGCAAUUCUCGGUUUACAUGUAAAUGGAUAAAAAAAAGUUAUUUUUUUGUUUGUUGUUUGUCUCUAUUGAUGAAAAAUGUUAUCUUUCUUUGGGACCUACGCUUUGGACAUUUCAUCUCUUACAUCAUCUAUAAAAUAUAUUUCUGAAAAAUA